UGCUCUCAAGAGGGAUGCAGCUCGAGAGUUCAAGUUAACGGGCUGUGCUAUCGUCAUGGCGGCUACUACACGUGCAGAGAAGACGGCUGCGAUAGGAAAGCCAUCACGCGUCAACUGUGCCGGCUACAUGGAGGAGGCAGUUUGUGCCACGUCCCUCACUGCACAAAGCUCAUCCGCCAGCGAAAUGGCCUGUGCGCUGCUCACGGAGGCUACUACGAAUGCAAAGUGGAGGGAUGCAAGAAGCGUGCCGCUGCUCGGGGCUUCUGUCGCAGUCAC